AAUAAUUAAACUGAUUGAGUAGUAUAAACUUAAUUUUCCAAAAAAGUUCUACUAACUCAAGUAGUUUGGGUUUGUGUGACUUUUUAAUAGUUUUUGAGUGAUUUAAAAUUAUUAUUUUUGAUUAACUGAAACAACUUGCUCAUUAAGUAAGUGUCACUUAGGAAUAUAAUUUAACUUUACUUAUUUUUUAUUUUUAUUUUUUUAGUUGUUUCAACAUGAUGUCUGCAUAUGACAUUAGUAAACUUUGUGUGUGUGUGCGCGCGUGUGUGGUGAAGCAAUUUGUCACCUUUAAUUAAAUUAUAUACAUAUAAAUAAGUUAAAAUAAAAUAAAAACUUCAUUUGACUAAUGAAGCUUGUGUCUUCAUGAAUUCAGCUUUAAAAAUUAUUUUGCAAGAAAAAUAUUACAUAAAUAUUACAAAUUUUACAUACACAAACGUUAACACUAACCAGAACAGCUGUUUUAAUGUGUGCACAAAAUACAAUAUUAUAUUAUAUAUUAUAUAUCUAUUAUAUAUACAGUAUUAUAUAUAGAAUGGGCCUUUAUCACAUGCAGUAAAAAAAAUGUUUGUUUAAAAAACUUUUCCGUUGACGUAAGGGUCGUUAUUUUAUUGGCUUACGCGGCUAACGUGCUCCAAGGUCAGUGUGAGACUUUUACGACGUUGUGGGAGCGCGCAACGCUUGGAUAACGUUUGCUUUGGCGCCACAAAAUACUGCAGUGAGUGAGGAGGAUCUCAGCUUCAAGUUGUCGGCAGUUAUCACGGUUGUUGGCUUCAAUAUGAUUUGGCAGUAACAUCUUGGAUCCUAUGAGCUCUCACCUUCACAGACAAGUCUGUCAAUCCACCUAAGGUCUGACUUAAAUGAUUCAGUCCCUCUCUCUGCAUACGAGGUAGAAGGCUCGCUUCUGUUGACACCCAAGAGAUUCAUACAAAUAAAACAAGCCAGUGCAUAAUGGCAGCUUUAUCUCCACAAGCCAUGAUCCUUCGUGUUGUUGAGCCAGACCGGGCUAGAAAAUUAAAACUUAGUUCACGACCAGCCUCUGUUGAUGCACUGAUUGCUGUUAUAAAAGAACAGCUGGAAAUAGACCUUGACUUCAGUUUAAAAUAUGAAGACCCUGACUUUGAUGGAAAACUUACUUCCCUCUCUGACAUUGAUGAGUUGCCACAGAAAGCUGUUGUGCAUGUGUCAUUUGAGCAAGAUUCCAGCUCUGUUGCAUCAACAGAAACAAUGUCAAGUGUAUCAUCCUCAGAACGUGGGAGAAGAUGGCCUUCACAUAUUUUUCCAAUUCCCACAUUUUCUUUUGACGUUGAACUGAGACUUCGGGAAGGUAAUGCCGAAUUUGAGAAGAACAACAAGCAACUUCAGUUAACUAGAGACAUAAAACAUGACAUUUUAGAAAAGCUAGCAUCUGUGAUGUAUGGCUACAAGGCUUAUCCCAGUGAUAAGGAGAUAGCAAUGGUAGCUGAGGCUCUUGUGGUAAAACAUCCUUGCUUGAAAGAAGCAGGAUCUCAGACUGGCUGGAAUGGGUGGAAAAAUAGCCUCAAAUUUAAGAUGGGGAACUAUAGGAGCAAGAUGAGAAGGGCUGGAUGUCCAGAGAUCACUGUAAAUGCUGGAAAAAGGAGUGCAAUGAAUCCUGACAAUGAAUCUUCACAUUCAAAUAUUAAAAGACCCAAACGAGCAGAAGUAAACUUUUUGCCCAACUUUCCCCAAGGAGAAAAUCCCUCAACUCUUGAACAGUUGAGACAGAAAAUUGUUGAUGAAAUGAAGAAAGCUGAGAAGAACUUACCACUUAUAAAAAAGAUGAUGCAAACCACCUUUGCUCUGCGGCGACAGACCAUAGUGAAGACAUGCCCACCAGUAAAAGAGCUCAAGGAACUCUGGCCUGCACUCAAAAUGGAAUCUGAGGUGUAUGCAGAGUUCCAACGGAUUACAAACGAGAACCUGCCCAACACAUUCUACUCUGAGCUUGACCGACAUCUUCCUAGACUGAUGACCCUGUUCAGACAGAAAGCAUCCAGAACCGGGAAGACAUCAGAUACUUUAACUGAAAUCCUAAGAAUCCAUGAUGACCAGGAGUUUCAUGACAUACACACCAAACGUGUCACUGUUCUUCAUGCGCUUCCUGUGUAUCUACGUGAGGACGUCUCUGGGUUUUUAAGGACCUGCAUGGACACAUCUGAUGAGCCAGAGCUUUUAGAUGUUGCAGUGGCCCUCCUCACAGUCAUCAAAGAUAAUGACACAAGUCCAGUUCACUUCCAGCCUGUGAAAAUCUCUGUUGUCAUCGAAAGUGAGAUUGUGGGCAGCCUCUCCAGAUUUGCUGAUGCCUUCCUGGUAAUGUUUGGACUAAUCUAUGCACUACACCUCAACUAUCCCAGGGGACUGACCAACACUUUUGAAUUCAUUCAAAAGAUUUUGCUUGGUCUUGAUGAGGGUAAACUGUCACCCAAGUAGAGAGUCUCAAAAAUGACUUGAUGUGUAUGUAGAAAUGUAUUGGAAAAAUUACUAAGGCCUGGCAGUUCCUCAGUAGUUCAAUGUAAAAACAAUUUGUGAAAAUAAUGGUUGAAAGGUUUUUGCACUUUUUUCCCCCAAAAUGUGCACAGUGUGCAUUUAUUAAUGUGCAGUUUUCAUUUCUAAAUGUUAUUUGUGAUUUUAAAACAGCUCUUGUUCUUUACAAUUGUUAAGUACAGCUGGGUAGUACUUGGUAACAAUGCAUGUAAUUUAGUUUUAAAUGGUUCAUGUUUUUGUAAAAGUUCAUGCAGGUUUGUGAAUUUGUAAUGUCAGAGAUGUGGUCUUAAUCAGUUUUUCAGGUUUUAUCAUAGUGCACCUUUUUUCUGUCUUUUAA